ACUUUUUACUAAACCAUUUUGUGAUGUUGAUUGAUGUUAGGAGAUGUUUAUCUAUUUUUAACUACAAGCUACCGAUCACAUUGCCUUCCGGGCUCAAAGUGCACCAUGGCACGCCACAAUAAAAUAAAAAUCGCUGCUACCUUUCUCGGAAUGGGCAUUACUUUUCGUGCAGUUUGCAUCAUGCAUUCGAUUCUUCUUCUAGCCUGCUUUGCCGUGAGCCUUAUCCUUAUCGAUCCAGGAGAAGGGCUUAUACGCGUCAUUCUGGACUUCGAUCGAUGGGAAGUUAACAAUGGAUCAGCCUUCUUCAACAUGGAAAAGUUUCGUGUGCGAAAGUUUAACCGAACGCUGUCCGUGAUGAACGGUACCGGUGUGCUGCUGGUCGAUCUUGACGAUCGCUAUUCGGUAACUGCAAUGCGGAAAUAAUCUACUUUACGUAGAAAUCACAUAUGACGGUUGUCUUACCUUCACCUCUCCCACAGUAUGGAGUGCAUUUCGCACGGAGCGCUCAAGGCAACAACCAGUUCAAUGCGUACCCGAUGAAGCUGGCAGCGAAACCGUUCUGUCAGUUUGUCAACAUGUACUAUCGCGAGUAUCAGCACCUGUUUCUGAAGUACACCAACCUACCGUUCGUACCACCGGAAGGGCUGUGUCCAUUCCCGAAGGGCACAUACUGGGCGAAAGAUGCACACUUCGACUCGUCCGUUAUUCCGGUGGUAGUGCCGGAGGGGCUUUGGCGAGCCACAACUGAUCUGGUUGAUACGGUAACUGGUGAGCUGGUUGCCCGUGGUUCAAUGUACGUUCGCUUAAGCAAGGAGAUGAUGUAAAUCCAUUAAAAAGUCAAGAAAUCAUGUAUUAAGACUAAUAAAUAUGUAAAAAAUACUUCUGAAAAUUGUUAAUUUACCAAAUUGCCGACGCGACCUUGUGGAUGGAUUAACAGGACUUUACGCGCUGGGUUGUCCGGUGCCAUGCGGUGGCAUAACAUGAUCGCGGGCUGGUGAGCUUUAUACGCUGCCUGGCAGUGUAAUCAAC